AUGGAGCACCCAGUCUACGAAGACUCCAACUUGAAGUCGACCAAAGAGGGCCUGCAAGCUCUCACCGUGCCAGCUGAUGUCUCAGUUCAUCAUGGUGAAGUGGACUGGACUGUCGCCGAGGAGACAGCAGUCCGGAGAAAGUUCGAUAUGGUGGUGACACCGCUGUGUACUGUUCUGUACCUGUGCUGUGCUGUUGAUCGUUCUGCCAUCGGAAACGCCAAAAUUGAAGGGAUGGAAGAUGAUAUCGGCCUUGUGGGCUAUCAAUACAAUAUUGUCUUGACCAUCUUCUUCUGCAUGUAUCUUGCUGUCGAAAUUCCCAGCAACAUCACUCUAAAGCACGUCGGUCCAAAAUGGUAUCUUCCCGGCCUCGUAUUUGGCUUCGGCCUCGUCUCCCUUUGCACGGCCUUUGUGAAAUCGUACGCCGGACUAGCCGUCGCCCGAGCCUUCCUCGGCAUCUUCGAGGGCGGUGCCAUGCCAGCAGUCGCUUUCAUACUUAGCUGUUUCUACAAGAAGAAGGAGCUGUUCCUGCGUAUGAGCUUCUUCAUCGCGUCCAGCUCCCUGGCAAACUCUUUCGGAGGUCUCUUGGCCGCAGGCCUUUCAGAAAUUCCCCGAUGGGGCACGAACUCGGCGCCAAUCCAUACCUGGCGCAACAUUUUCUUCUUCGAGGGCUUGAUGACCAUGAUCAUCGCAGCCUCGGCCCCAUGGUUCUUGCCCCAGAGCCCGGCAACCGCGAAGUUCUUGACACCGCGACAACGCUACAUUGCUGCUGAGCGCAUGUACCGCGAAAUUGCAGUUCAUCCAAAGCAGCGCGUAAGCUGGCACCACGUGAAGUCCGCCAUUUUCAAUGUUCAUACACAGGUUUGCGCCUGGACAUUCUUCUGCUCGAACGCAGCAGUCCAGAGCUUUGGUGCCUUUGUGCCGAGCAUUUUACAAGCGUUCGGCUGGACUUCCACUGAAGCACAGCUCAAGUCGGUGCCACCAUACCUGGUUGCCUGUGUAUGCACGGUCGCUCUAGGCUGGGCCAGUGACCGAGUAGGACAAAGAGGAAUCUUCAUCGCUGGUGUCCUGCCUACCGCCAUCAUUGGCUUCGCUAUGCUGCGAUGGACGGAGAGCGCAGAAGCCAAAUAUGCUGCAGUGUUUUUGAACGCUAUCGGUUGCUUCGCAGCGAGUGCGGGUAUGCUGAGUUGGGGAAUCAACAAUGCCGGUAAUCCAGCAGCUGCAGCUGUAGCAGGAGGUUAUAUUGUGGCAAUCGGCACUAUUGGCGGUGUCGUUUCAACAUGGACCUACCUUCCCACCGGGAAGCCUGAGUACCACAAAGGUCACACGAUCUUCUUCGGGUUGAUGCUGUUCUGCUUUGCACUGUCCCUAUUUGGUAUCGCCCACUGUGUCUACGAGAACAAGAUGCGGGCGAGUGGAAAGCGAGAUCAUCGCCUUGACGGUAUCACGAGUGAUGAAGCCAAGCUGAAUAUGGGCCACAGGAACCCUGAGUUCCGAUAUAUGCUGGUUCAACCGGUCAUUGAUCAAAUCAACGACACCCUCGGCUCAUCAACUACAGUUGUGUUCGUCCCCAUCAACCUUGACGAUCUCGAGUCGGUGCGCGCUGCCGCCGCCGAGGUGUCCAAGCACUUGGGUGAGGAAGGCAAAAUUGACGUUCUGAUCAACAAUGCGGGUAUCAUGGGUGUGCCAUACGCAAAGACGAAGAUCGGCGUCGAAUCACAAUUUGCAACCAACCAUCUCGGGCACUUUCUGCUCACGCAAAACUUGCUGCCUCUUCUUCGUCGCGGCCGGGAUGUCCGCGUUGUGAAUCUGUCAUCCAACAGCUACCUUGUCUGUCCUUUUCGCCCGGACGACGUCAACUUCGACGACGGCAAAGCGUACGACCCGUUGUCCGGUUACGGGCAGUCGAAAACGGCCAACAUUCUCUUCACCAACGGUCUGGCAAAGCGCGGCAUCACUUCAUUUGCUCUGCAUCCGGGUCUAAUUCGCGGCACGCAUCUCAGUGUCGGGAUCGACCUGAGGAUCUUCGCCUCGAUCAAUGAGAUCACCAAGAAGAACACCGGCAAGGAGUUUGGGUCAUUCGAUCAGCCCAAGACUGUCGAGCAGGGGGUCGCGACAACCAUCGUCGCGGCCUUCGACCCGGCUCUCGCGAGCGCCAGCGGUGGGUAUUUAAAGGAUUGUCAAUUGAGCGAGGUAGAGGAGUACGCGAGGGACGAUGAUAUGGUUGAGAGGCUGUGGACUUUGAGUGAGAGCCUGGUGGGUGAGAAGUUUGUCAUAUGA